GUUUCCUCUUAUUUGACAAUUGGCGAUUCCUAGUUUCUAUUUUAUAUAUCCUUUUUAAUUUGUUUACCUCUUUUUAUUUAAAUAUUUUAGCUGUUAAACCACGAGCCCUUAUAAUAUUUUGCCACAGACUGUAUUUUGAGUGUAUUUUCGUACCUCUAUUUUUCUAGAAUAUCCUUGGCCCGCCUACCCACCGACAGUUUUUUUUCACAAUGGGCAACCAAAUAUCUUUCACAGUGACUGAGUACGAGGUGCAGCGUCAGGCGAUUGGCGCGAUGGUCCCUCUAUACAUCGAGCCCCGAGGCAAGGCAGAUGCAAUUACAAUUAUUGUAUUUACCAUAGUAUACUGCAUAAACUUUCUAGCGGUCGUAUACAUGCUGUGGCACAGAAACUAUCCGCCGAUAAAAGCUAAAAGUGUCAAAGUCAUGGCGAUGAUGAUGGUGUUAAUGGCGAUUUGGUUUAUCGGCGAUCUUCAGGGCAAUGGGCACGUGCCUUUGAUUAACACGGCUAUGACCAACUGCAAAGGGUUUGGAAUCUGGAUGCGACUUCUGCUGGGUGUUUGUGGUGUGUUUUCCCUAAUGACGUUGAGGGCGUAUGGGCUAUACCGCAUCUUCCAUCUUCAUCAAACGUACCACAGCUGGGCUCUAUAUCUGGUGUUGGGCGUUUAUUGGUUGUGUAUCCUCAUUUUUGGAGUUGUUUCGCAGGUGCUCCCGGACAGAAUCACAACUCAGUACAUGCCCGCCAUCGACAUAUGCAACGUUCACUCGCACUACCAAACUACACUGUAUGCGUUUAUGUGUACAAACGUGGCCGUAGUUAUUGGCUUCCAUUGGAUGAUCCGAAACAUCAAGAGUUCGUUUAACGAGACCCGCGAAAUGGUGGUAACGUGCAUCAUUGUACUUGGUCACAUUGUGUAUUCUACGAUUCUGAACUAUGCGCCGCUCAAGAAUCCGUAUCCUUUUGUUCAGAACUUGCGCAUUAUAUACACGGUUCUGAGCCACAUCGGUGUUAAUUCGAUGUGGUGGCUCGUCAUGUCAAUACCCCUCUACAACUGCAUAUUCAACAGGCAGCGCUAUCUAGUUCACUGGAUUACCAAGCUGCGCGACGACGGCUGCAGAAGGAGUACGACCACCAUGGGAAGACAUGAAACGGGGCUUCUUUACGCAAAGGGCAGCAUUUAUAGUGGCAAGGACGCCAACACCAUUACCAGACCGCACAUGGUUUUUUCUCAGCCCCCUAAUAGUUUAACAAGCAGAAAAGGCGGAUUUGGCAUUGGACGAACAAUUCUGUAAUCAACAGAGCUACCACAACAGGCAGUGUAAUUAUUUAAAGUAUUGGACAGAUGUGGUAGUUUCCCAAUUUUGAUUUGUUAACAUUUUCC